GCGCGUGUCGAGACACGACGCAUCAAGGUAGUAAAACGUGUCGUACUUUUUGUUUACGUGUCCUUGGCCUAGUCCUCCACCGUUCCGCAAGCUUUGGAUCUUCACUAAGUUAAGUACUUCUUCAUAAAGCAGUUUGAGGUAAUGUGGGGAAAAGCAACAGAUUAAGUGAGAUCAAGAAAAUUAACUAUGCCGAUUAGGCUUUCGAUGAAGAGACUCACGACGCUGACCAUUUCAAAAACUCAUGGCGGAGAUAUCUCCGGUUAUGUCCUCCGACACGCUACCACCCGGUUCGACCGCCUCUUCACCGCAUUUAGGCAAACAGAGAGCAUGAGAGACCGUCACGACGAUAGGUCCACAGCGAGUUACGUGACAGAUAAGGCAAAGGAAGGGGUGAAGAAAGCGACGGAUGCAGCUGUGAACGCAGGAGAUAACAUGAAGGAUGCGAUGGACGGGGCCUGGAAAGCGGCUAAGGAAACGGGUCAGAACAUCAGCGAAGCCGUUGCGGGAGAUGAUGACAACGGCGACAGGAUUCAAGAGGACAAGGUCGCGGUCGAGCUGAAGGAUGUGAGGCAGCCUGUUGACACCACGGAGUAUAGAGGUGUGGAGGAUCUACAUCAUCAGCAAACCGACGGCGAGAAUAAAUCACCGUGAGAGAAUGCGUGAGGGUGUCUAUUGUCUUCUUCUUUUUUUCUUUUCUUAUCGUUGUUGUUUGUUUCAAUUAUGAAGGAACCCGUUACUAGAUUUGAUUACAUUUUGUUCUUAUCAGUUAAAACGGGAAAAUAACAAAUCGUUUUGAAGUUUUGGGCAAA